AUGCGAGUCGCAGAUUUCGGGCGCGCUCAGACGCAGCUCGCCGGCCGGCGGUUGCUCCAGCGCUGGGCCGUGCUGCAGUGCUGGCGCAGUGGGGCCAUGUUGCUGCGCGCCAUGGUUUCGGCCAAUGGCAGCCCAGUCAGCAGACCGCCCGUUCCCAAACUCCCGCGCCUCAGAAGUUUGACCUCGUCUCCACCCUUCACGACUGCCUCGAGUACGCACGAUUCCCUCGCUCCUGCCGACCGCGGGCCCUCCCACGCCUACGCCGGCGACACAAUGCCCGGCGAGCUGCUCCGUACCGUGACGGCUAGCCUUUCACGGCCGCCCAAGCGCAAGAUGGAGCGCUCCAACGACCUCUUCCUCAUCCACGACCAGGACGUUGCCUACGAGCAGGACAUCCAGCGCAACCCCGGCAGCGUCAAGCCGUGGCUGGACUACUAUGGCUUCAAGAAGUCGCGCGGAAGCCUGCUGGAGCAGGCUUUCGUCUUGGAGCGCGCGUGCACGACGCUCCCGCGCUCCUACAAGCUCUGGAAGCUCUACCUCGAGCUGCGCACCAAGCACCUCGAGAAGAAGAACCCCGCCAAGUACGCACCGCACUAUGUCAAGGUCAACGCCCUCUUUGAGCGCGCUCUCGUGCUGCUCAACAAGAUGCCGCGCAUCUGGGAGAUGUACCUCAACUUCCUUAUGCAGCAGCCAUUGGUCACCACCACCCGCCGCACCUUCGACCGCGCUCUGCGAGCACUUCCCCUGACCCAACACAGCCGCAUCUGGGCGCUCUACAGGCCAUUUGCGACUUCCGCUUCCGGAGAAACGGCUGUCAAGAUAUGGCGGCGGUACAUGCAGAUCCACCCGGAAGAUGCUGAAGAUUUCAUCGAACUGCUCAAGGAUAUGCGCAAGUACACAGAGGCCGUCAAGAAGUACAUGGAGAUUCUCAACAACCCCAAAUUCAAGAGCAAGGAAGCGAAGGGCCCCUUCCAGUUCUGGACCGAAAUGAUCGACCUGCUCAUCGAUCAUGCCAAAGACAUCGAAACAGGCGACGACAGCGGCAUCGACGUCGAGAAGAUCAUCAGGAGUGGCAUCUCCAAGUUUCCUGACCAGCGCGGUAUCUUGUGGGUCGGACUAGCGCGCUACUGGAUGAACAAGAACGAGUACGAAAAAGCUCGUGAUGUCUUCGAGGAGGGCAUUACUACUGUCAUGACCGUCCGCGACUUCUCCGUGGUUUUCGACACGUACGUCGAGGCCGAGGAGACUCUGAUCGGUAUCAAGCUUCAAGAGGCUGCAGCUCGGUCCGAUAAGGACAAAGUGGAUCAAGACGCCGAUGCGGACCUGGACAUUCGUAUGGUUCGCUUCGAGUCGCUAAUGCAGCGGCGGCCAUUCCUAUUGAACGAUGUCAUGCUAAGACAAAACCCGCAUAAUGUUAUUGAAUGGGAGAAGCGUGUCGCGUUGUGGGGCGACAACAGCAAAGAGGUGGUGCAGACGUACACCGACGCCAUAGCCGCCAUAAACCCCAAGAAGGCUGUCGGCAAAUUUCACGAGCUGUGGACUGCAUACGCAAAAUUUUACGAAGCCGGCGGGGACCUUCAAAAUGCCCGUGUUAUCAUGGAAAAGGCGGUAAAGGUGCCCUUCAAGUCGGUCGCCGAACUAGCCGAGAUGUGGUGUGAGUGGGUUGAGAUGGAACUGCGCCACGAGAACUUCGACAGGGCCGUUGAGAUUAUCGCCAAGGCAACACAAGCCCCGAAACGGUCUACUGUCGACUACUUCGACGAGUCUUUAACGCCGCAGCAGAGAGUACACAAGAGCUGGAAGUUAUGGAGUGUCUACCUCGACCUUGUGGAAAGUGUGAGCACACUGGAAGAGACCAAGAAGGUGUAUGAGAGGGUCUUCGAGCUUCGCAUUGCCACGCCGCAGACUGUCGUCAACUACGCCAACCUACUAGAAGAGAACAAUUAUUUCGAAGAUUGCUUCAAGGUCUACGAACGAGGACUGGAUCUGUUCAGCUAUCCCGUUGCGUUCGAGAUAUGGAAUCUGUAUCUGACCAAAGCGGUGGACCGGAAGAUUGGCAUGGAGCGGUUACGAGAUCUGUUCGAGCAAGCCGUGGAGGGAUGCCCGCCCAAAUUUGCGAAGGUGCUGUACCUCAUGUAUGGCGCACUGGAAGAAGACCGAGGCCUAGCACGACACGCCAUGCGCAUCUAUCAGCGUGCCACGGAGGCAGUCGCCGAUGAAGACCGCAUGGAGAUGUUUAACUUUUACAUCACCAAGUCGGCCUCCAACUUCGGGCUUACCUCCACGAGGCCAAUCUAUGAGCGCGCCAUAUCAGCGUUGCCUGACGCCGAGGCGAAGGAGAUGUGCCUCAAGUUCGCUGAGAUGGAGAGACGGUUGGGUGAAAUUGACAGAUCACGAGCUAUCUACGGCCACGCGAGCCAAUUCUGCGAUCCGAGAACCAGUCCAGAAUUCUGGAAGAAGUGGGAAUCGUUUGAAGUUCAACACGGAAACGAGGACACCUACAAAGAGAUGCUUCGGAUCAAGCGGAGUGUUCAAGCUCAGUACAACACCGACGUCAGUUUCAUCGCCUCUCAAGCUGUGGCGCGAGGCCAACAGAAUGGCAACGGCGAGCACAUCAACGGCGACGCAAACGAGGGCGAAGACGCCAUGGCCGCCCUCGAACGUCAAGCGAAAGCCCCAGCCGGCUUCGUCGCCUCCAGCACCGGUCCUCAAGGCGGCAACAUCAAAUCAGACGGAGCAGCUCCCGCAGCAAACCCCGACGCUAUCGAUCUUGACGACGAUCUAUGA